GUCGUCUCGCUGGCCCCUCCGGAUCUCCGACCUCGUUCUCGCUCGCUCUUUCGCUCGCUCCCUCCGUCCCUCCCUCGUUCCCUCCGGCUCCGGGGCUUCGCUCCCCGGGCCGGAAGCGGUGCGGCCUGGGCCUGGCGCGGGGGGCGGGCACCGGGGCCCGGGCCGACAUGGGCAAGAAGCAUAAGAAGCACAAGUCAGACAAGCACCUCUAUGAGGAGUAUGUGGAAAAACCUUUGAAGUUAGUACUGAAAGUAGGAGGAAAUGAAGUCACAGAGCUCUCCACAGGCAGUUCAGGACAUGAUUCAAGCCUCUUUGAUGACAAAACAGAUCAUGAGAAACAUAAAGACAGAAAGAGAAAAAAGAGGAAGAAAGGAGAAAAGCAGGUCCCAGGGGAAGAAAAGGAAAAGAAACGAAGAAGAGUAAAGGAAGAUAGAAAAAGGCGAGAUCGGGAUCGGACUGAGAGUGAGGCAGAAAAAGAACUUCAAUGUCAAACUCCUUUAAGACUAGAAUUACCCCCUGAGAAGCCUCUUACAAGUACAUUGUCCAAGCAAGAAGAAGUAGAACAAACACCCCUUCAAGAGGCUUUGAAUCAACUAAUGAGACAAUUACAAAGAAAGGACCCAAGUGCUUUCUUUUCAUUUCCUGUGACUGAUUUUAUUGCUCCUGGCUACUCUAUGAUCAUUAAACACCCAAUGGAUUUUAGUACUAUGAAAGAAAAGAUCAAGAACAAUGACUACCAAUCUAUAGAAGAAUUGAAGGAUAAUUUCAAACUGAUGUGUAGCAAUGCCAUGAUUUACAAUAAACCAGAAACCAUUUAUUAUAAAGCUGCAAAGAAGCUGUUGCACUCAGGAAUGAAAAUUCUUAGCCAGGAAAGAAUUCAGAGCUUGAAACAGAGUAUAGACUUCAUGGCUGACUUGCAGAAGACCCGGAAGCAAAAAGACAAAAUGGAAAUACAACAGAGUGGGGAAGACAAUGGCUAUCUGCUAAAAGAUAAAGAUGAUUCUUUGGACAGUGAUAUUAAAGUUUUCAAAAGUCCAAAUAAGGAAAAUAAAAAGAAAGACAAAGAUAUACUUGAAGAUAAACUUAAAAGCAAUAACUUAGAAAGGGAACAAGAACAAAUUGACCGCAUUGUUAAAGAAUCUGGAGGAAAGUUGACCAGAAGACUUAUAAAUAGUCAGUGUGAGUUUGAAAGAAGAAAGCCAGAUGGAACCACAACAUUAGGACUUCUUAAUCCUGUGGACCCUAUUGCAGGAGAGCCUGGCUACUGCCCUGUAAGAUUGGGAAUGACAACUGGAAGACUUCAGUCUGGAGUUAAUACAUUGCAGGGAUUCAAAGAGGACAAAAGGAAUAAAGUUACUCCUGUGUUAUACUUGAAUUAUGGACCCUACAGUUCUUAUGCACCAAACUAUGACUCUACAUUUGCAAAUAUCAGCAAGGAUGAUUCUGAUUUAAUCUACACAACUUAUGGGGAAGAUUCUAAUCUUCCAGGUGGUUUCAGUAUCCAUGAGUUUUUGGCCACAUCACAAGAUUAUCCAUAUGUUAUGGCAGAUAGUUUACUGGAUGUUCUAACAAAAGGAGGACAUUCUCGGUCCCUCAGAGAGCUUGAAACGCCCAUACCUGAAGGUGAAACCCAGAAUGGUAGUCUUGACAGUACAAAAGAUGUGGAGAUUACAGAAACAGACUCAGCUGGCUCUUUGGAUUCUAGUACUAAUAAGGACAGACUGACAGCACUAAAGGCAGUCACAAACUUUGGAGCCCAGAUUGAGAUUUUUGACUCUGAAGAGGCAGAAGUAUUCCAGAGGAAACUUGAUGAAACCACCAAAUUACUCAGAGAACUUCAGGAGGCUCAGAAUGAACGUCUAAGUACCAGACCUCCUCCUAAUAUGAUCUGUCUCUUGGGACCAUCUUAUAGAGAGAUGCAUUUAGCUGAACGAGUGACCAAUAAUCUAAAAGAACUUGCACAGCAAGUUACUCCAGGUGACAUAGUGAGCAUGUAUGGAAUCCGGAAAGCAAUGGGAAUUUCUAUUCCUUCUCCUGUCAUGGAAAACAGCUUCAUAGAUUUAACAGAAGACCUCGAAGAACCAAAAAAAAUUGGUACCACUGAAUGUGGAUCUGAUGGAAUUUGAAGUUUUAACAGUGGUAUUUUGAUUAUAUAUAUAUAUAGUGUAUAUAUAUUUUUUUCAUUCUUAACUUGGAAAUUUUUCAGGGCACGUUAAUAUUUGUAAAUUGUGUUUUUAAUGAGUUAAGCUUUGGAACAAUCAAUUUUAGUGUUCCAGAGAUAGAACAUGUAUUAAAGUAAUAAAUCUAAACCUUGAAUUACCAGAUAUGUUAUUAAUAAUUUCAGUAACAACUUAGUACCUUAUUUUAAAUCUAUUUUGUUUGAACACCUCUACCAAGACGUUUCUAAAGUCAACUGAUAUUU